AUGAGCGAAGGUCCUGAAAUGGGUUCUGGGCUCUGGGCUCUGGGUUCUGGGCUCUGGGCUCUGGGCUCUGGGCUCUGGGCUCUGGGUUCUGGGUUCUGGGCUCUGGGCUCUGGGGCUCUGGGCUCUGGGCUCUGGGCUCUGGGCUCUGGCGCUGUGAAGACGGUGUUGGAGGUUCCCCAGGGGAGUCGAGGUGUGAGGCUGAGUGCCAAGGGCCCAGAUCACAUUAUCAUCGAGGCUGUCCCUGUGCAGGGGAAGAGAGAGGAGCACAGCCUGCUGUCCACAGGGACCUUCCUGAUAGGGAACACCAGCCUGGACUACCAGCGAGGGUCGGACAGACAGACACUGAGGGCUCACGGACCGCUCAGAGCUGAUUACAUCAUCAAGGUCAAGUAUGGCGGGCCCAGGGACACUGUGAUCCAGUUCCUGUUCUACCAGCCAAUCAGAUACCAGUGGGUGGAGACAGACUUCUUCCCCUGCUCUGUGUCCUGUGGAGGAGGGUACCAGCUGAACUCUGCUGAGUGCACAGACAUCCGGACCAACCAGAGCACCUCAGAACAGCUGUGUCACAGCUACCCUGAGAACACCAAGCCCACGCCCAAACUGAAGGAGUGCAACAUGGAUCCCUGUCCGGAGAGUGAUGGAUUUAAAGAGGUGAUGCCCUAUGACCACUUCCAGCCACUACCUCGCUGGGAGCAGGGUCCGUGGACGGCGUGCUCGGUGUCGUGUGGCGAGGCGGGGGGCUGGGAGGACCGCAGCGUGGUGUGUGUUGAGGAGGACACACACGGACAGAUCGCGCAGGUGGAGGAGUGGAAGUGCACACACUCCCCCCGGCCAAUCACGCGCCAGUCCUGCAACACCUUCACCUGUCCGCAGUGGGUUGCCAUGGAGUGGUCUCAGUGCACAGUGACGUGUGGGCGCGGCCUGCGCUACAGGGUGGUGCUGUGUAUGGACCACCGUGGGCAGCACACCGGAGGCUGCAGCUCUUCUCUCAAACCCCUCAUCAAGGAGGACUGUCUGGUGCCCAUCGCAUGCCACAAACCCAAAGAAUCUGUUCCUGUGGAGGCAAAGCUGCCGUCCGUCAAACAAGCCCAGGAGCUGGAAGAGCAACGAGCUGCUACGGAGGAGCCUACGUUCAUCCCUGGGCCGUGGUCUCUCUGCAGCGCCACCUGUGGGCCGGGCAGGCAGACACGCCAGCUGAAGUGCAGGGUGCUGCUCUCCUUCACCCAGACAGAGGUGGACCUUCCAGAAGAGGAGUGUAAGGAGAACAAGCCCCAGAUGCAGAGAGCCUGUAACGGGGGGCCCUGCACUGGAGUCCCAGGCUUCGUUCCGGGCCUCCAGGAGUCUCCAGGGUUUUACCCACAAGGAGAAGAGGUUCACUACUGGGACCACAGGGGCUUCUCUGUGUGUUCAGCCUCCUGUGCUGCCGGCCAGCAGGUGGCGAUAGCGAGGUGUUUAAACCGGAGGAGAGUGGAGGAGGUGGAGGACUCCUUGUGCGACGCGUCCAGCAGACCUCCGGUCAGGAUUCGCAUCUGCAACACAGAGGCGUGCCCUCCGAGGUGGGAGGUGACGGCAUGGACGCUCUGCUCAGCGUCGUGCGGGGUGGGCAUCCAGACCAGGAGUGUGUACUGCAUGCAGACGCGCUCCCUGCAGCAGCAGGACGGAGUGAGCGUGUCGGAGGACCAGUGCAGGGAGUUUAAACCCCCCAUCCUGCAGCCCUGCAACCAGCUGGACUGCCCCCCCGCCUGGGAGACAGAGCCCUGGCAGGAGUGUUCACAGUCCUGUGGAGGGGGGGUGCAGGUGAGGAAGGUCUUCUGUAAGCAGCUGCUGUCGUCGGGGGCCUACAGGAGGCUGACGGACGGGGCCUGCCAGGGGACCAGACCCCCCCCCCACAGGGCCUGCGCCAGGACAGACUGUCUGCCCUACAUGGCCGGGGGGGAGUGGGCCAAGUGCUCCGUCUCCUGUGGACUGGGAGUUCAGCGUCGGGAGCCGGUGUGUCGCAGGCUGACGGCGUGGGGUCAGCAGGUGACCCUGUCCAGAGGGGUCUGCUCCGGCCUGGCCUCUCCCCCGCUCGUACGCACCUGCCGCAUGAUGACCUGCCCCAAGCACAAGAAAGACAUGAGGCACAAGGACACAGCGAAGGAACCAGCCAAGGAGCCGGUGAAGGAGACAAUCGAGGGGACAGGAAAGGAGCCCAACAAGGAGCCGGUGAAAGAGAACAUCAAGGAGACAGGAAAGGAGACAAGGAAAGAGCCAGUGAAGGAGCCUAGCGAGGAGCCAGUGAGGGAUGGCGGGCGCACGGCGCUGAAGCGCUGCCCUCUGAUCCUGGGAGUCCAGCACAUCUACAUCCAGACCCGCCAGGAGAAACGCCUCCACCUGACCAUCGGGGGGCGAGCCUACCUCCUCCCCAAGACCUCCCUGGUCAUCAAGUGUCCAGUCAGAAGGUUCCAGAAGACCUACAUCCGCUGGCAGAAGGACGGCCUUCCCCUUCCUAACUCCAAGCGCCUGGGGGUCACCAAGUCUGGCUCCCUGAAGAUCCACAGUCUGGAGGCUGGGGACAGCGGGGUCUACCUGUGCAUCGCCGGCCCCGCCUCCGACACCUUCACCCUCAAACUGAUUGGCAGUGACAGUAGGCUGAUGGACAGGCCCUCUUCGGAGAACGAAUCAAAUCCCAGCUCUGGCCCGGGCGGACUGGGGCAGGCUGCCCCCUCAGCUGAGCUGGACUGGCUGCCUCGCUGCCUGAACACACCCAGCCUCACAGGGCCCAGGGUGUCAGUGCUGCCCCCCAGUGCGGAGGAGGACCAGCAGGCAUGGCCCCUGGAGACCCUGAGGAACAUCAGCCUGCAGGCAGAGACAGGACAGAUCAGCCAGGACCAGGCCUCUCAGCUCAUCUACUCUCUGCUCACCCAGCCAUCCCCGCCCCAGAGCACCCCUGGACAGUGGACCAGGCAGGAGCUAGGACACCCUAAAGACAGACAGCCCAACGCGUCGGAACGCGUGUCGGAGAGACGCUCCAGAAGGCCCAUGAUCGUCAGACAGAAGCAGAACCCUCUGCUGACCGCCCAGAAGAACGUGAACAUCACGGUGGGCCGCACGGCCUUCCUGACCAACGGCACGCGCUCGCUGCUACUGCUGUGCCCAGCAGAGGGCGCCCCGCAGCCCCGAGUCACCUGGACCAAAGACGGAGCGCCGAUACAGAACUCUGACAGGGUAUCAUGGGAUAGCUCUGGAGGACUGCACAUCGCCCUACCUGGAGCAGCGGAUCGAGGGGUGUACAGGUGCACUGCCACCAACAGCCACGGCUCAGACUCAGAGACCACGCAGUUGCUACUGGCUGAGCAUCCAGCCAUCUCUGUGUCCUGGAGGAACGUGUCUGACCAGGGGAGGGCCAUGAGAGCCGUGGUGGGGAGCCACAUCAGCGUGCGGCCCGGGGCCAACCUCACCCUGGACUGCCCCGUCACAGGUGUGCCCCUGCCCUCAGUGAGCUGGCAGAGGAGAGAGAGACCGCUGGGCGCCGGCUCUGUCCUGCUGCCGUCGGGCUCGCUGUGGCUGAGGAACGUCAGCCUCCAGAGCCAAGGCACCUACUCCUGCACUGCAGCCAACCCACUAGGAACAUCCACUGCAUCCAGCACAGUACUGGUCCAAGCUCCAGGCAGGCCCGACCCCCCUCUCUCCAGGGAGCUGAGCAGGAGGAGGGUCCUCAUGGCCUCUCACCAGGGAACCAGCGUCACCGUCAGACCUGGGGACGUCCUCCGCAUAGGGUGUCCAGUGGUCCCAGACCACAGAAAGCCUGUCCUCUGGGACUACCAGAACCAGACCCUGAGGGAGGCUGUGGGCCAGGGACAGGGUCUGGGCCAGGGACAGGGUCUGGGUCAGGGACAGGGUCUGGGCCAGGGCCGGGGUCUGCGCCAUGGUCAGGGUCUGCAGUACCGGAUGCUGGUUGGAGGACGGGUCCUGGAAGUCAACACUCUCCUUGGAACAUUCUCAGGACGCUACAAAUGCCAGACGUCAGUCAGCGACCACAGACAGACCCUGUCUGCCUGGAUACACGUCCACGCCGAAGAGUUCAGCUGGCGUGUAGGAGACUGGGCCCCCUGUAGCGCCUCCUGUGGAGGCCGAGGGAAGCGCAAGAGGAGGCUCCGCUGCCUGUCUCCUGGAGGGCAGGAGGUCAUGACCUCCAUGUGCCAGCACCUGCCCACCCCCGUCACCCCCCCGCUGGUCUGCAACCGCCAGGACUGCCCCCCCAGCUGGGUGGCGUCUGUGUGGUCGCCCUGCUCCGCCUCCUGUGGGCGUGGCUGGCAGCAGAGGCAGGCGUCGUGCCAGCAGGUGGAGGCGGGCGGAGGGGUCAGGACUCUGGCGCCCUCUGUCUGCGGGAGGAACACACGCCCAGCAGACAGACAGGAGUGUAGCGCCGACAGCUGUCCGGCCUGGGUCACCAGUCCCUGGGGAAAGUGCUCUGGGAGGUGCAUAGGCCCCAUCCUGACAGUGCAGAAGCGGGCGGUGGUCUGUAAACACUCCAACGGUUCAUCUCACCAAGACUGCGAUCUCAAACACAGGCCGCAGGAGGUCCGUAACUGCUCGUCAGAGCUGUGUGACGUGCAGUGGCGCGUGGGCCCGUGGCGAGCAUGCACGGUGGCAUGCGGCAGUGGGUUCCAGUCUCGGAGGGUGGACUGUGGCCAGAGGAGGAGUGGCAGGACCCUGGCAGACCAUCACUGCUCCUGGCACAGACGCCCUGCCACCUGGCAGAACUGCAACACCACCACUUGUGGGAGUGAAUGCCAGGACACAACACAUUACUGCACUGUGGUGAAGAGACUGAAGCUGUGCCCCAUUCAGAUGUACAAGCAGAGGUGCUGCGAAUCCUGCUCAGAGGAAGCAAGUGCCACCUAGUGGCCAGUUGAUGUAACAUCAACCCUUAGGACAGAUGGACCACGCUGUGCAGCUGGCAGGAAGGACAGAGACUAAGAUGGCUGGAGUUCAUCUCCAUCAAGACUGCUACAAACAGUCCCCCCCCCCCCCAAACAUUGCUGGGAUUCGUUAAACUCAUCACUCCCUCCAUGAAAAUCAAUUUCUGUGAACUUCAGAGACUAAAUUAGGAAAUUCAGUUUUUUCCUCCCCUAGUUGAAACUUCUGUGACUAGUUGGAGACAUAUAUGAAUUAAAACCUAAAUGGCCAACCAUGUCCUGAACUACCAUCCCAUAUUACAAGGAGUUCAUACCAUGUUUAACUCUUUGUCAAUAAUCAUAAUGCGCCCAGUGACACUCCUGAUAAGGAGAACAGACUUGUGUACUAUAGAAUGUGAAUCUCCUGACGUCAUGGUAACAGAUUGUAAUGGUGGAUAUCCUGUGUUUUAUAAUUUAAUUUAUAUAUUAUAAAUAUUAUUAUACAUGUAGAUAUUUGAUGUGGAGGUGAGAUAUCCUAUCCUCUGUGACUAUUCUCAAGUGUGAGGGUGGAGGGAUACUGGGUUGUCGUAGAACAUCACUACUGUACCAUAUAACAGCUUAUGCUCUACAGUCCCUGGAGUGACUAUGCAGUAGUCAUGACAACCUACUGUACAUGAAGGCACAGUAGAGAAAACAAGACAGGUGUUUGUAAAACCCAAUAUUUCAUUAUUUGCCAUAAAUACAGUACUAAAACCGACAUAUACAAUCGUUCGUGGUUUUAAAAAUCCCCAGUAGUAGCAUUGUAGAUCAUGUCAAAGAUUUCUGUACUGUGAGGAAAGAUUGUCUACAGUUUCAUUGUUGUUUGGAUAAAACUGGUUCAGCCAUGAAAAGCAUAAUAUGGAUUAAGUACUUUGACACAGUGACAUUUGUUUUUUGUUUAAGCAAUCAGUCUAUGUUUUACUUGUGUUUGGUUGGUUAUACUCAUGUGCUGCAUUGUAAAGUCAUGUAUAUAGUGUGUUCAAGUGCAAUAUUGUACAUUGUGUGUAUGUAGAUUUUGUGGGACUUUAUUUUCUUACCUUUUUGUUUAGUUAGUGAUAGUUAUGUCUUUAUUCUCAUAUAAACAUAUUUUAAUGUUAGCGUAUAAACCCUCAAUCAAGCAGCUGCUUAGCUGUUGGCAGGUUUACACCUUUGUCUCUCUGGUUUAAUUUGCAUGAAUUUAGGUGCUGUUUCAGUCAGAUGUUGUGUAGAUACAUGAUAAAAUGCAGUCAUUAUCCUACAGUUGCUACUAAUUUGAAACUCACACUCGGAAGCAUUACUUGGUUAAAGGAAUGUAUUUUGAAGACACAUUUAAGUGCUCUAAAACAUUACAAAUAAAGACAGAUUGAUCAUU